UAUUCAGCAAUAAAAGUUUCAAAAGCUCGUUUGGACUAUCAUGUGAAUAACAAACUAUAUUGAUAAAUUUAUUAUCAAUAAAUCCAUUUAUUAUUUAGCAAGAGAGGCACCCUAUUUUCAUUGGUAAGGCCUUUCCAUCUUCACUCUGUCAUCUUCAGGGAAAAGAACAAAAAGUGUUGACAUGCUGAGAUAUAAGCAAAUACCAUGACUUCUUCCUCCAUUUCCCAAUAAAAUCCUGGCCACAACCUCAGUCCCCAGCUUUGGUACAAUGGCUUUCCUUCUUCCUUGGACCUGUGUGCUAGUUGGUUGCUUUUCUGCUUCUCUAGCAGGAGCAUAUAAUUUCUCAGAUCUGUAUCCGCCACUGUGGGAGAAGAGUCCUGGUCAGCUCAGUGACUACAGGGUAGAGAAUGGAAAGUACCUCAUUGAUCCCUGGUUAUACUCUGAGAGACUGGGGAUGUACAAAAUCCUAGUGAACAAGACAGCGAGUUAUUUUGAAAACAUUGUCGCUAGCAAUGAACAAAAUAUUUUUUGGGGUUUACCUCUCCAGCAUGGCUGGCAAUACAGAACAGGAAGAUUAGCUGAUCCCAGAGGAAGGAAAGGCUGUGGCUAUGAAUCUGGAGAUCAUUUGUGUAUCUCCGUGGACAGCUGGUGGGCUGAUAUGAAUUACUUUCUAAGUGCAUUACCUUUCCUUGCUGCGGUUGAUUCUGGCAUAAUGGGGAUAUCAUCAGACCAAGUCAUGCUUUUGCCACCACCCAAGGAUCAGAUGAAUUUUUGCCUUAAUAUUUCUAGUUGUCAAUCAUCCUUUCCUGAGAUAAUGAGCAAGUGGAAUGUCUUUUACCAGCAUUUGCAGGAUCCUUCUAGUAGCUUUAAAGACCUGUUGAAGUACUUCUGGGCUGCACAUGUUUCAACCUUGGAAUAUGCUAGCAAAAUAUUUGAAUAUAGGUUGGAGUAUUAUUCUAAACCAGAAGCAAAUUUUGGAAGAAAUUGGGGUGUGGCUGUGAAAUAUUUAGCUGCAGCCCUCUUUCCAACAACUUUGGUCAGAACAUAUGAAUUCCAGAAGGGCCUUCCUCCACGAAUGCUUGUUAACGGGGAUAGAGCCCCCUUCAUCCAUGACUUUACUGACUUUCAAAACAUGGUUCUUCUUGUUCUAAGUUUUCUUCGCCAAGUGGAUAACUCUCCAGGUUUAUUUUCAUUGACUGCAUGGAAAAUUUUAAUGAGGACACAUCAUGCAAGGAAGCAAGUUCUAGAGCUUUUUCAAAUAAUUCUUGAAAUCUUUAAUCCAACAUUUCUGAGUGUUCCCAAUGUUUAAUUAGUGAACUAAAGAUGAACAAUUCUAAUUUGCUGAGCAACAGUAAUUUCAAAAUUUUAAUAUGAUCAUAACCAUAUAGUUUUCUUGUUUCUGAUAUUUUUGAUUUAUGCUCAUUUGUUAGGAUUUUAUCCAUGCAUUCUAACUUUAAAUUCAAAUCAAUGCUAUGAUUAUUUUGCUUGAUUAAUAAUUCUUGAAUUUUUAAAUUUUAGGAUCCAAAGAAAAUUAUAUUAAGCCAUCAUAAAUCAUUAU